GAACGCGGAUGAGGCACUGGAGUGGUUGACAAUAAAAAUACAUAUCGUAUGCGAACGAAAAAAAACCCAAAUCUUUUCGUUCGAGUGCAACAUAUCCUCCAUGACACGACUGACACCGGGAGGCCUCGUCUGAAGCUUUGCGGUCGCUGACAGUCGCCCGGGGCCGGAGAAAUGGAGCAUAUCCGAACACCGAAGGUGGAGCAGGUGCGGCUACAGGAUCGCUUCAGCAACAAAUCCACAAAUGGCACACUGUACCUCACAGCCACACAUCUCAUCUUUGUGGAGAGCAGUUCUAACGGCUCGGCCUCCGCUGGACAGGAGAUCUGGAUUUUGCAUCAUCAUAUAGCUUCAGUGGAAAAGCUGUCUCUGACCACGUCCGGCUGUCCUCUGGUCAUUCAGUGUCGCAACUUCAGGGUUGUUCAUUUUGUGGUGCCGCGGGAAAGAGACUGCCACGACAUCUACAGCUCGCUGCUGCGUCUUCUACGGCCGGUUGGAUAUGAGGAGCUUUAUGCCUUCUCCUACAACCCCAAACAAAAUGACCAGCAGAGGGAGGAAGGAUGGCAGCUCAUCGACCUGGGGGCGGAGUUUGAGAGGAUGGGCGUCCCCUGUGACCAGUGGCAGCUCACGGAUGUCAACAGACAUUACAAGGUGUGUGAAACGUAUCCCAGAGACCUGUAUGUUCCCAUCACUGCCAGUAAGCCCAUCAUCGUGGGGAGCUCCAAGUUCAGAAGCAAAGGCCGUUUUCCCGUCCUCACAUACUUCUACCAAGAGAAGAAGGCAGCCGUGUGUCGAUGCAGUCAGCCUCUCUCCGGGUUCAGUGCUCGAUGCCUCGAGGACGAGAGCUUGCUGCAGGCCAUCAGCAAAGCCAAUCACAACAGCCGAUUCGUUUACGUCAUGGACACGAGGCCAAAGCUGAACGCGCUCGCUAACCGGGCCGCUGGCAAAGGCUACGAGAACGAGGACAACUACUCCAACAUCCGCUUCCAGUUUGUCGGCAUUGAGAACAUCCACGUCAUGAGGUCCAGCCUGCAGAAACUGUUGGAAGUGGUUGGGACUCGGUCUCUUUCCAUGAGCGACUACCUGGUGGGGUUAGAGAGCUGUGGCUGGCUGCGGCACAUCAAGGCCGUCGUAGAUGCGGCCAUCUUCCUCACCAAGGCUGUGACGGUGGAAGGGGCGAGCGUGUUGGUUCACUGUUCGGAUGGAUGGGACAGAACCGCCCAAGUGUGCUCCCUGGGGGCGCUGCUGAUGGACCCUUAUUACCGCACUGUCAAGGGCUUCAUGGUACUGAUUGAGAAAGACUGGAUCUCUUUUGGUCAUAAAUUUGCAGACAGGUGUGACCAGUUAGACGGGGAUCCAAAGGAAGUGUCUCCUAUCUUCACUCAGUUCCUGGAGUGCGUCUGGCAGCUGACCGAGCAGUUCCCACAGGCGUUUGAGUUCAGCGAGUGGUUCCUGCUGCAGAUCCACGAACACGUCCACUCCUGUCAGUAUGGAAACUUCCUUGGCAACAAUCAGAGGCAGAGGGAGGAGUUGCAGUUGAGAGAGCGAACUCACUCGCUGUGGGCUUUUCUGAUGAGUGAAAAACAAAACUACUUGAAUCCGUUCUACAGCCCGGCGUACUCUGAAGCACAUCCUGUGCUGGAGCCCUCCACCCUGCCCUACCACUUCAAGUUCUGGAGGAACAUGUAUCACCAGUUUGAUCGGUCCAUGCACCCACGUCAGUCCAUCCUGAAAACCAUUCUGACUCUGAGGGAGAACAGCCGCAAGGCGGAGAGCACGCUGCAGGCCCUGGAGACUAGGCUUCAGCAGCUGGGCGUGACCCCCGUCGCCACCUCGGACCCCCCCGCGCCCCCUCCCACCAGGGAUCAGCGCACCAACCCCAACGCCCUCCCGCCGCGCCCCGACUCGCUCAUCCUGGGGGCGCCCGUCAGCCAGAAGGAGGCGCAGCGUCAUGAGGAGGAGGACAACGACAACGACGGGCAGGAGGACGUGGGCGAGGAGGCCGUCGAGAGCACGGACACGGAGCGGACAGUAGAGGGCAGCAGCGGCACCGAGAGCAGGAAGCAGAGCUACGGGGAGCUGGAAGGGACAUACAACAACGAGCUGGCCAAAGAGGAGCCGGCCGUGGUCAGCCUGGAGUUCGGAGUGGCUCGCAUGACCUGCUGAAAGAGCCAGGGAGGACUGUGGGAUGCUGAGGGACAGGAAUGGCCAGGGUGGGGGCGCUCGCCGAGAACGCCCCCGUUGUUUCCGGAUGUGAUUAAUUGUCGAUUACAUAAUGUUGCAGAACGAGUUGACCGGAUGAAGUCUGUAUAGUCUAAAUCUCUUUGAAAAGCCUCGCAUGGCGUAUACUGCACCUAUAGUGAGAAAGUCUGUUUUUUUUUUUUUGUUUUUUUUUUUAUGAAAGUUGAAAAGCACUAUGGAGAAUUCAUGAACAGAGUAUGAGAAUAAACUCAUCUUAACAGUU